GGAGCGCAAUCAAUCCGGGCUGCCGUUUCCGUGGCAACCGUUCCUUAGCUAUCUCCUUCUUCCAGGUUAGCGAAGAAAACCCUCCCCCUCCUCCAGAAAAACGGCUUAAAACUGCAUCCCAGAGCAGAAAGGAAAUUGAUUGUGUUUUGCUUUAGUGACUGAGUCAUCUAAAUAGCUAUCCAGCAGACAUUGGCUGAAACCCAUCCACAAGCUCCUGAAAUAGAAAGAAUAUUCCAGCAGUGACAUUAAGAAGUAAGGACUCUCUGUAUCAAGUGAUAAAGGUUUAAACACAACUAACUCCUUGUGUAGAAUUUGAAGAAAGCAGACAGCCUGGGUUCUGAACAGACUGAGGAUCUCUUCCAGGUCCUGCUCCCUUACCACCAUGAAGUCUCCACAGAUAGCUUCACUCUCGUGGGGUCGGAUGAAGGUGCAGGACUGUCCCACAGCCUAUAAGGAUUGCAAGGUCUGGCCAGGCGGGAGUCGGCCCUGGGACUGGAGAGAGACGGGUACAGAUCACCACCCUGGCGUGCAGGCAUCUGACCUGGAGGAAAUCAUUAACAAGGGGAUUGAGACACUAGUUAUCGGCUGUGGAAUGAGCCAGGCUUUGCAGGUUCCCUCCAGAACUCUAGAUUACAUUAAGAACAAAGGCGUUGAUGUGAAAGUCCUUCAAACAGAGGCAGCCGUGCGAGAAUACAACUCAUUGGCCAGCCGUGGUGCACGAGUAGGAGGGGUCUUCCAUUCCACUUGCUAAGGCAACCACAUGUAUGGCGACAACUUUAAACUCAGUUGGAGAGAUAAACAUACAAUAUUACAGCACAGUACAGGCCCUUCAGCCCAUGGUAUUGUGUUGACCUUUUAACCUACUCUCAGAUCAAUCAAACCCUUUCCUCCUACAUAACCCUCAAUUUUUCUAUCAUCCAUGUGCCUAUACAAAAUUAUGAGGAAUACAGAUAGGGUAAAUGCAAGCAGGCAUUUUCCACUGAGAUUGAGUGAGAUAAUAAUGAGAGGUCAUAGGUUAAGGGUGAAAGAUGAAAAGUCAAAGGGGAACAUGAGGAGAAACCUCUUCUCUCAGAGGGCCGUGAGAGUGUAGAACGAGCUUUCAGACCAAGUUGUGUAUGCAGGGUCAAUUUCAACGUUUAAGAAAGUUUAGAUAGGUACAUGGAUGGGAGGAGUCUGAAAGACUGUGGUCCAGGUGCAGGUCGAUGGGACCAGGCAGUUUAAAUGGUUUGGCUUGGACUAGAUGGGCUGAAAGGUUUGUUUCUAUGCUGUGGUUUUCUACAGUAUGACUCCAUGACUGGUAUCUAAAAAUUUCUUAAAUGCUGCUAACAUAUAAGCUUGAACAAGUCUUACUCUAAUCCUCGGUGAGUGAAAACGGAAUAAAUUGGCUUCAAAAGCCUUGCUUCUGCUAUGCCAUUGGCCUCGUAUGCCGUUUGAGUUACUGGCAUAUUACGUUACCAGCAGACAAUUGUGAUGAUCGUUUCAAACCAGAUUGUCUGGUUUUACUGUUGUCACUGAUACUUAUGUUCAUUCUGUUUUCAGUUGCUGAUGUUUAAAGUGAAUCAAGUUUCCAUUUCCAUCCUGGGAAAAUGACUCUGCUGUCCAUUCUGUCAACACCUCUUAUCGUCUUGUAUACCUCUAUCAAAUCACUCCUCUUCCUCUUUCUCACCAAAAAAAAAGCCCUAGCUCGCUUACAUAUCCUCAUAAGACAUGCUCUCUAAUCCAGGUAGUGUGGUGGUAAAUACCAUCUACACCCUCUAAAGCUUCUACAAUCUUCCUAUAACAAGGCAGCCAGAACUGAACACAAUGCUCCAGGUGUGAUCUAUCAGGGUUUUAUAGAGAUGCAAUAGUAUCUUUUGGCUCUUGAAGGCCAGCAGCCCAUACACCCUCUAAAACCUUAUCAACUUGCACAGCAACUUUGAGGGAUUUAUGGAUGUGAAUCCCAAGAUCCCUCUGUUGAGAAUCCUGCAAUUAACUCUGUAUUCUGUCUUCAAGCUCCAAAGUAAAUCACUUCACACUUUAGGAACAAUUUCUUCUCCCCCUCCAUCAGAUUUCUGAGCAGUUUAUGAACCCAUGAACAUUACCUUGUUUGGAACUAUUUCUUGUAACAUACAAUUUUUUUUUUGCUUUUCAUUGUACUGCUGCAAAACAACCCAUUUAAACAAUAAGACCUAGGCCCAUUCCAUCAUAACUGAUUUAUUAUCCCUCUCACUCCAUUCUCCUACCUACUCCCCGCAAUCUUUGAUCAAGAACCCAUCAACUUCCACUUUAAAUAUACCCAAUGCCUUGGUCGCCACAGCCAUCAGUGGCAAUGAAUUCUAUAUAUUCACCACCCUGCUCAUCUCUGUUCUAAAGGAACGUCCUUGCAGUCUUAGGCUAUCCCCUUUGGUUCUACACACUCACACUAUUGAAAACAUCCUCUGCACGUUCCCUUUCAACAUUCGAUAGGUGUCAAAGAGAUCCACACUCAUUCUUCUAAACUCCAGCAAGUACAGACCAAGAGCCAUCAAAUUUUCCUCAAACAUUAGCCCUUUUAUUCUUGUGAAACUCCUCUGGAUCCUCUCCAAUGCCAACACACCCUUUCUUAGAAAGGGGCCCAAAACUGCUCACAAUACUCUAAAUGCAGUCUGAUUAGUGCCUUAUAAAGCCUCAGUUGUACAUGCUUUUAUCUUCUAGUUCUCUUGAAAUGAAUGCUAACUUAAAUUUCAUAUCUUAAAAGCCAGUGGUAAUAAAUCUGAUUCUGACUUAGGAACAUCUCACUUACCAUUCAUUAUUACUCAGCAUUUAUAGUGACUAAAUGCUUCGAGCCUCUGUCAUGUGGGGUGUAAUUGGAUAGCGUGGGAUUCGUUGGGUCUUGUAAGAGCCUGAGAGGGCUUGUUACUGUGCUGUAUCUCUAAAUGAAAGAAAAUAAAAAUGCAGACUGCCUUUAAAUCCACGAAGUUCAAAGUAAAU